AUGCUUCAAACUGAGAGCAAUCCUCCCCAUAAAGAGUGCAGAAGAAAGCAGUUCACCAAAGAAACAAGAGAGAAAACUCUCCCAGACCCAAUUCCCGAGGUAAAGCUUCAAGCCGUUGUUCUCGACGCCGGUAAGGCCUUUGGCCACCGGCGUCGGGUCCUUCUCCCCGUCUUUGAUUUCGUACUGCUCCGUUACUGUCUACUCGUCGUCUUCGGUUACUGUUUUCGUCUCCUGGCCGUCUCCUACGGCUCGUGUCCUAUGGUCCUUCUCGAAGCUUCUCACACCAGAUCUGUUCGCCUCUUUGUACCAGCGGAGUCAACACUUGGGUCUCAGAUGGAGCCUCCUAUGCUCACCGCAGCCAUCGUCCUUCCUACUCUAAUCCUUGGCGCCGCUCCUCCCUGUGAAAGCACAACCACCGGAUCUUUUCUUGCCGAGCUUAGACUCGCCAGAUCUAGGGUUUUGUGUAGAUCUAAAACGCCUCCACCACUCCUCGUCACUUUCACCUACAACAAGACUCCAUCGUACUGCAUUGCUACUCUUUCAAAAUGGAGUCCAGAUUCGUCCACCAUCUCCAUCUCCAACCGCUGUCUAUCACCAAACCUCGACAUUUGCCUUGCUGGUCCUGGUCCCGUCGUGUAUCUUGUCUUCGUGACAUCACCGGCUCACCAAUACCUCUACGGAGAUAACCCUCACAGAGAAAAUCUAUUGACAUCUUCGGCAAAUUCAAGGCUCCACCCACCGCGACCUCUACUACGUCCUUACCCUGGAGCUUACAAGAGACACCCGUCAACAGGAUUUAUGAGUCCCAUUGGACGUGGAGAGGCUGAUCCGUCAUCAGAGAACGGCGCUGGUGAACUACUCCUCAACAAAACCCUAUUCUGCAGUCUCUUAGUUAAUUCAUGGGCUUGGGUUUGGUUACAUCUCUUGGGCCACAGUUCUAAUUUGAGAGGUUUUAAGGCCCUAAGGUCUUAUUGGAUUUUCAUCUCUAAACCCAGGCAUUUCAGGCGUAUGAAGCCUCAAUUUCACGGCUCCAUCCCACAACACCCUCCGAAUAUGCCAGCCAUUAUGCUUGAUUCAGUGUCAAAUUCACCAAUGGAAUCGGAGAGGAAAAGAGCUUCAACUACCUUAUCAUUUCGCUUACCGAUCGUUUUGCUAUCCGGACCUUUUGAGAUUCACCUAGUCUCCCGGUACAUCAUAGACGGUUGUAGAGCUGGUCUCUUUCGUUUGACAGGUUACUUAGCCUAUAUCGGCUCUCCACCCCUCUUCCAACCCCUUUCACUAGGGUAUUUCAACGUCUUUUCAGACUAUUUAGAGCUUUUACGAGCUGCGGUUCCAAGGAUUCAAGUUAAGAUUAUCUACGGAUCUCUUUACUUUAAGCUAGUCUCUCCUUGUAACACUUCUAUCCCAUGCUUUACUGCUUUAUUACUUUUGUUGUUUAUCUUACCGUCGAGAAUACCUCCGGUUGUAAUCGUUGAAACACUUUAG